AAGCAAUGAAAGUGGGAUUUUUGGAGGGAUGUAGGCCUCUCAUUGGAUUGGAUGGAUGCUUCCUGAAGGGCCCUUUUGGAGGAUGUUUACUAAGUGCAGUUACACUAGAUGGGAAUAAGAGGGUGUUCCCACUAGCUUUUGCAAUUGUUCAAAAUGAAUGCAUUGCAACAUGGACCUUCUUUCUUGACUGUCUUAGACAAUGCAUUGGACCGGAAUGUGAUUCAAAGCCAUGGACAUUUAUUUCAGACAGACAAAAGGGAUUGAUUGAGGCUGUGAGGACACAGUUUGAGGGUUCAAUCCACAGAUAUUGUUGUCAACAUUUGUUAAUGAACUUCAAGAAGCGCUUUCCAGGGGUGAUGUUGAGGAAGGAAUUUUGGAUGGCAGUUAAGUCUAGCCAUAGUUAUGCAUUUAAGCAGCAUAUGAAGAAUGUUGAGGCUAAGAAUGAGGGAAGGGCUGCAAAAUGGUUACUAGAUAUUCCUAUUUCACAUUGGAGUAGACAUUUUCAAACAUUGGGAGUAGACAUGCUUUCAUCCAGCAGCUAA